AUGGGCAAGAAGAAGCGUGGUCAUCCCGAUCUCGAAGAACUACUCGGCCGACCAUGGUGCUACUACUGCGAACGAGAUUUCGACGAUCUCAAAAUCCUGAUUUCGCAUCAGAAAGCAAAACACUUCAAGUGUGAGAGAUGUGGGAGACGAUUGAAUACGGCUGGAGGUCUUUCGGUUCACAUGAGCCAAGUCCACAAAGAACAGCUAGGUGAAGUCGACAAUGCUCUACCCAACCGAUCAAGUCUCGAUAUUGAGAUCUUUGGCAUGGAAGGUGUUCCCGAAGAUGUCAUCCAGGCUCACAACCAGCGCGUCCUCGCACAAUUUCAGCAAGCUGAAGCUGAGCGUCGCGCAGCUACGGGAAAUCCUCCACCGGGAGUCGCGAAGGACGGUGGUCCAGCCAAGAAACCAAAGCUGGAGAUUUCGGAUUUGAAGAAGCGCUUGGCAGAGCAUAAGGCGAAGUUGGCUGGUGAUGGUAAGCCUUCGGAAGCUAGUAGCGGUUCAGUUACACCCGUUGGAGCUGGUCAGAAUUCUAGUCAGAGCGCUAGUCAGACACCAAGUGCUUUUCAGAGUCAGACCUAUCAGCAGCCCCCGGCUCAACAACCCGCACCCGCUGUCCCGGCACCGAAUCAAUAUUCGUAUCCGGCAGCGCCCUAUGGAGCGGUCAACCCUCCAUAUCAACAUUCCCAGAGCCCUGUGUAUCCAAGCUACCCACCGAAUACGCAUCAGCUACCGCCAGCACCACAGCCAUACGGUGCUCCAUAUGCCUCUCCGCCACAGUUCCAGCCUGGACAAACACCCCCAUACGCAACCACUACACCAUCCCCUCAUCCAUACGUACAACAGCAACAACUUCCAGCUAGGACACACACACCGCCUCAGAGUCUAUCACAAUUCCCUCCCCGGCCAGGCAGUCUUCCCGCGGCACCUGGACUUCCACAACGACCAUCCUUCGGUGGCGUACCGGCCACGGUACAUCCAUUGCCUCCCAUGCAACAUCCCCUUCCUGGUGUUCCUUCUCCCAAUAUUCCUCAGGGAUAUGGACAAUAUUCUCCACCAGAAACCACCACUCCAGCGGUAUCCGCCGCGCAUAUAUCAACUUCAGUCGACGAAUUAAUAUCUGGUGCUGCCAAGACAGCAGAGGCUCAGGCUCAGGGAACACCGCCACCACCAGCCGAGAAGCAACCAUCAGCAGCUGCGGAGGAGAAGAAAGGAAAGAAGGAAAAAGACAAAUCAAAGACAAGGUUGGUUUAUUCCGACAACGAGACAAGCCCCGAAGAAAAAAUGGCAAGGAUACCGAGAUAUGCAUACUCUCCUCCUCUUGUAGGAGGAAAGGAGACUGUACUCAUGGAUGCUACUGUUCCAGCAGUUGCCCGACCAACGACGAAUUCCGACGAUGUUAUCGAUGCUUCUGGUUAG